AUGGGUAUCGUCAGUUGCUUUACGUUGAUUCUUUUAUUUGCCGUUUUAAAAUUUGAUGGAAUACAUUCUGUCGACACUAAUAUUUGGGGACCCGGUCUCAAUCCAUUAAUUGUUUUACCAGCUCGUUACUUUUACGUCCAGUACGACCAAGAUAAAUUCAAUAUUGCAGACUUUAAUGUGUUAAUAAGUGGUAAAACAAAAAAUGGUAAUACUUGUCGCAUUUGGACAAAUAUCUUGGAUAGAAAAGAUGCAUCAUUUAUAGUACGAUACAAAUUAUAUGAAGUUUGCCAUGAAUUCAACAUAUUAGUUGAAAAUAAAAAAACAUUAAAAAAGUACUGGGAUCAUUUUAACCAAGGGCCAAUUUAUCCAGACGAAUGUGACUGCUCAAAAGUAUCAAUAGAUACAUGGCUAUCAAAUACUAAAUGCAGAACUAAUAUCGAACAAAUUAAUAAUGAUCUCAAUCAAUUUAAAAAUGUAAAUUUUAAAACCGUAUUUGGGAAAAUGGCUAAAUUAUAUAGUCAACACCCACACAGCACAAGUGUAUGUCAUUAUGUUGUCAAGAAUAAUUUAAUAUUCCGAAAAUGCUAUGGAGAAUAUACAGGAUUUAAGAUGUUUAUGGAUAAUUUAUUACUGUCAUUAAAUCGAAAGGUGUUUUUACCAGAUCUGGAGUUUUUUGUAAAUUUGGGGGACUGGCCUUUAUCAUCACCUAAAGAUCAAUUUCCAUUAUUUUCUUGGUGUGGAUCAAAUUAUUCUGUUGACAUUGUGAUGCCUACCUAUGAUAUUACAGAAUCGGCACUUGAAAAUAUGGGACGGGUAACCUUAGAUAUGUUGUCAGUUCAAGGUAACAUUGAAAAACCAUGGUCGCAAAAAAUUGAAAAAGGUUUUUGGAUGGGUCGUGACUCCAGCAAACAUCGGUUGAAUCUAGUGGAACUUAGUAAAAUAAAUCCAGACAUUCUCAACGCUUCGAUAACAAAUUUCUUCUUUUACAAGGAAUUAAAAGAAAAAUACGGUCCAGGAAAAAAGCCCAUUUCUUUCUUUAAAUUCUUUGAUUACAAAUACCAAUUAAAUAUUGAUGGCACUGUAGCUGCUUAUCGAUUUCCAUAUUUAUUAGUGGGUGAUUCAUUGGUUUUCAAACAAGAAUCCGAGUACUACGAACAUUUUUAUAAUGAAUUGAUACCAUGGGUUCAUUAUGUCCCAAUAAAAAGACAUUUAGAUGAUUUGCUAGAUUUGAUAGAUAUCAUGAUGAGCGAUGACAAGACAGCAAGAAAAAUAUCAUUAAACGGUCAGAAAUAUGCAAGAGAACAUUUAGCGCCUCAUAACAUAUUGGGAUAUUACUUACUAUUAUUUCAAAACUAUAGCAAAUUUUUGACCUCAGUAGAAGUCCGUCCCAAUAUGGAUGCAGUGAUAAGUACUCACAACAGUCCUAACAAAGUAGCUUGUGAAUGCGAACCUGAACUUGAACCUGAACCUUCCAUGGAAAAUAUUAAGAUGGAGCUUUAA